GCAACGCUGGGUCGUUCGGUGCGAACUGCCACGCUUUUUUAGGCGGCACGACCGAAAAGAAAAGUUGUGGAGGGUGUCCACAAGAUUGGCUUACGCUCUCGUUUGCAUCCCAUCGUUGGCCGCCGUUCCGUGAAGUUUUACCCCCGUCCUCUGUGUGUUACCUUUGUGUGCAAAGAUGUCUGCUGCAGUAGCCGGUCCAAAUGAUUAAUGGAUCGAUUCCUGAUGUUUCUGUGUAGAGGCAACUUAGUGUGGUGGACAGUAUAGCUUCCAAGCGUAGCCGUCCUCCUUCCAACAAUGCCGAAAAUGACAGUAACAAAACAAGAGGCCUUACGAGUCUUGGAACUUGAUGGCACGAGUCCAUCAGCAGCAGACAUACAGAUGCAUUACCAGAAGCUGGCUCUCAAAUUUCACCCGACCAGGCGGGGAGCCAACUUGCAAUCUAUAGAGAGAUUUGACAGGUUGUGUAGGUCAUAUCUAGUACUCACUGAAGGACGAGAAUCGAUGACCAAAUUUUUGUCACAAGCUGAAAUGUUGGAUGUGUUUGUCAAGGCAUUUGAGCUGGAAGGUAUGCGCAUCAAGAAAGAAGCCACUGCUGAAGAUGCAUCUACACAGUGUGAUGAGAGGCCAAGCACAAGCUCAAGCAAAAGCAUAAGCAUACAGACAUCCUGGACACAGCACUCUGCAAGCAAAAGCGCUGCUUCUACUGCUUCAGUGGGAACUACCACUUCUAAUGGAGCUACCGCUUCUGUUGGAACUUCUGCGGGAGGAGCUAGUGCUUCUGCUAGAGUUUCCUCUUCUGCUAGAGCUGCCGCUUCUGGGGGUGCUACCGAUUCUGGGGGUGCUACCGCUUCUACUGGUGCUACUGCUUCUACUGGAACUACUAUUUCUGCUGGAACUGCCACUUGUAAUGGAGCUACUACUGUUGCAGCGACAUCUUCAACAGGAAAGAAACCAGCCGUUCCAGAAAAAGCAAAGCAGGAUGUACAAGCCGUUCCUGCUGCAUCCAUUGAAGAAAAGUCACAAGAGAAGAAGAAGAAAAAGAAGGCCUCUAAAAAGAGCAGGAAGCGUCGCCAACAGCGAGAGAAGCAGCAAUUGAACAAGGCGUCCAAGUCAGACAGCUCCAGCAGUUCAGAAGAUGAGAAAAAGGAGACAGAUGAAGAUGAAGAUGAGCUGGAUCCAAACAGUGCUUUUGUGGCCAUGGCACUUAGCCGAAAGAGCAAGGGAGCAGCACCAAAGCCCAGUGUCUCCUCCGGUGGCGUCAUUCCCAAGACACCAAACAAGUGUGCAGAGGAUGUUGUCACUCGGAGCCGAAAGCUUGCCCGUGAAGGAUACGAAAUGUGCAAUCUGGGUCGCCAUAAGGAUGCCGUUGAACUAUUCACCCAGGCCAUAAAGUUGUAUGCACAAGAGCACAGCUACUUUGGGAACCGGUCGUACUGCUACAGCAUUUUGGGAAAGUAUGACAAGGCCUUGAAGGAUGCUGAGAAAGCAAUCAGCCUGCAGCCCCAGCUGGCCAAGGGCUACUUUCGCCGUGCCAAGGCCCAGCUUGGCCUGCAGAAGUACAGCGAGGCUGCGGAAUCAUUCAAGAGGGUGCUUGAAAUCGACCCAACCUGCCUGGAGGCUCGGACUGAGUUGCGCAGUGUGCACGUCUUUGAGAUCAUGAGCAUGGGUUUCACCCAGGAGCAGGCUGAGUGGUCCUUGACCCACGGCAAUGAAGAUGUCCAAACGGCCAUAAACAUACUUUGUGGGCCAGAUGCAGUUGUGCCUGAUGUCAAGAUGAAUCCUUGCAACAUGGAUGGCUUUCGCUCUCUCUGGGUUGGCAACAUUCAGCCUGAAGUCACUGAGAAGAUGCUCACUGACCUGUUCAGGCGCUAUGGAGAUGUGCACAGCAUUCGAAUCCUGCAUGACCGACACUGUGCCUUCAUCAACUACGGCAACAAGCUGUCACCCGGAAAAGCCAUGGAGGCAUUGCAAGGACAUGUGCUGUGUGGGACAGCAAUUCUCAUCCGGUUCCCAGACAACAACUAUCUAGAAAAUGGAUCCAAGAAAGACCCAGUGACCGUGCUCCGAAAGUCCAGUCUGAAGAUGUCAGCAGAGGAGCACAAGUCUACCGGCACAUCGAGUGAACCAAAGGCCAAGGUAUCGGGACCUGUAAAUGGCAAUGAGUGCUACUUCUGGAGAACUACCGGCUGUAGUUAUGGUGAUAACUGCUACUAUGAGCACAUUCCUAGUCACAAGGGUAUUGACUGGAAAGCACAGCGUAGCAAUGGAAAGUUCAAAUGAUGCACCACUGCUGUUUUUGCGGCUGUGGUAAUGAAAGGCUCACCACAAAACUGCCUUACACCGAAGACUGCUCUGUGACCAUGAAAAAUGGCUCCUCUGAUCUUGGGACCAAGUCAUCGGAAUGGCCAAUCAUUCCUCGUGUUUGCUCAUUGUUCACUUUGUAAGA